UAUAUGUAACAAAAAAUUAUAUUUUUGUAACUGUGAAUACCCCUGGUUCUUUGUGGUCAUUGCAUGUUUAUUGUUACAGGGUGUGCUGGGGUUCUGGUUGGCCAUCCAUUUGAUACUGUGAAGGUACGGCUACAAACACAAGAUCCAGCAAAACGUCUUUAUAAAGGGACUUUUGAAUGCUUCAGGACCAUUGUAGCAAAAGAAUCUGCACUUGGAUUAUACAAGGGGAUGGCUUCUCCACUUUACGGAUUAGCACUUAUCAACGCCAUAGUCUUUGGAGUCCAAGGAAAUGUUCAGAGAAGAAUGACCAAUCCAGAUACACUACAGAGCCACUUCUUGGCAGGUGCUACAGCUGGUCUUGUACAGUGUGUAGUGUGCAGUCCCAUGGAACUGGCCAAAACAAGGAUGCAGAUUCAAGGGCAGGGUGAAUCAAGAACACAGUUCAAAACCACAAAACAUUUGUAUACAGGCCCAAUUGAUUGCCUGAGGAAGAUCUACAAAGCACAUGGGAUUCCUGGGGUGUUUAAAGGUUUUACUCUCACCGUUGUGAGAGAAACACCCAGUUUUGGAAUUUAUUUUGCUACUUAUGAGUAUUUGUGUAGAAAGAUGGUAGAGCAACCUGAUGAUGAUGUGAGUAUGCUAGGGUUGUUAAUGGCGGGGGGCUUCAGUGGUAUGGCUUCGUGGAUUGCUACUUACCCUGUUGAUGUUAUCAAGUCUCGGAUACAAGCUGAUGGGGCAAAUGGUCAAAAUCAGUAUAAAAAUGCUUAUGACUGUUUCCAAAAAUCUAUUAAAGCUGAAGGGCAUGGGUGCUUAUGGACUGGGCUUAACUCUACUCUUCUAAGGGCCUUUCCAGUAAAUGCUGCAACUUUUACUGUGGUAGCACUUUUCCUAAGGUCUGUGCGUCCAAGUGAGGAUGAGACAAUGGAAACGAUAUCAGGUCAUCACCACACACAACUGGGCAGUGAAAUCCACACUGUGGACAGAAUAGCUGGGGCAACGGCUACUGAAAUAUAGUCUGUAAAAAUUGAAAAGAUAGGUAACUAGUGAAUUGUCACUUGACAAACACUUGAUAAACAUUGAUGUAAUGGCAUAAGUUUACUUUUUGCAGCAAAACUGUGACUUCAACUCAUAGAGCCAAAGAUGAGUUUUUUUUUCAGAAUUGUCGAUUUAACAGAUCAAUAGAUUAACAUGCUGCCUCUUGUUUCCAACAUACUGAUAUAAUCUCCAGCUUUUCUGUUAAUCAGUAAAACUGAUUGCAUUUAGCCACAGUCCUCGCAGACUUGUAUCAAUCUGUGUCCGUAUAUAGUUUCUAUGGGAAUGAGCCCCUAGUGCAUCUUAAUAGCUUGCAUCAUUCAUUCACGAGGUGGCAUAACAUGAUUUAUGGAAUUUUAACCAAUAUACAGAUACUCAGAUGCACUGAUGUGUUUAGAGUGCCAUUUUAGCGUAGUUCUUCACCUGUUAUUGUGAAAACCACUUAUCUUUAUUAUUUUGUGAGCCAUGAAUUGCAUUUAUGGUAUAGGUAUACUUGGAGGUUGAAGUGGAUGGAAUGGGGUUCCACCAAUACCAUGGCAGGAGUGAAUUUUAUCUGCCUUUCAUGUUUUGGCAAACCUACUUGGCGUUGUGUACACAUGGUGAUUCCAAUAUCUAAAAUAAAAGGCCUUAUUGGCCUUAAAAAACCUGUUGGUGGACAAGCAGCUUUCUCCUUAAGCAGGAUUCUUAGACAAAAAAAAUUCAAGAGUGGUUGUUCAGUGUCAAAUCAAUAGUACCAGUGCUUUGAGAGCAUAAAAACAACAGCAUAAAGAUUUUUGUUAGGUUUGAUUGUAAAUUAACCACACUUAUCAAUCCUUAACCCCAUGCUUUUUUUCCAUGUGAAAAAGUUAUAAUAACUAAGCGUGAAAAAUUCUGAUUUUCUCAAACUUAGGGUUGGUGUUGCUUGUUAACCAUUUUAUUCAUUUUCUCUGGUCUAAACAGUUCUUACCAGAUUCCAAAACAAAGAAAUGGACAAUUCCUCCAGUGUAUAACCCCUCCCGCCCCUCAAAAAAAAAAAAAAAAAAAAAAAA